AUGUCGGCCGAUGAAGAGCUCCAGCAAGAUCAAGAGAGCGCUGCUAUCCUCCCUCGCUGCAUUGAGUGCGGCGGCUUUGGUCUAGGACUUGUAGCGAAUCCGCAAAAGGUCUGCACGCACUGCGCACGCGUCAAAAAGGUCUUUUUUGACCCGGAUAGUAAUAAAUUCUGCCGGGACGAAGGGUUUGUGGACAUUUCACCCUCGGCGGACGGCGGUGUGUUAAAAAAGAUACUCCGCGAGGGACAAAGCGGGAAACAACAGCUGGAAGAAGGCUGUCCGACGUUUGUGCAAUAUGUGGGCCGCUUAAUGGACGGCUCUAUUUUUGACACAACACGUGACAUGAUUGACGGCAAGCACGUCGGUGGAACGGAUGAUCCUUUCGAGUUUCAAUUGGGUCGAGAGAAGGUGAUCCAAGGGUGGGAUAUUGGUGUAGCAACGAUGAGCGUGGGCGAAGUGGCUCGGUUCAUCAUUGCUCCAGCAUAUGGAUACGGCCAUGAGGGGUUUGCACCGAAAGUGGAACCUGACGAGACGCUCGACUUUGAGAUUGAAUUGCUGAGCUUUAAGGACCCUUUGCCCCGCUUUCCAACGCAAGCAGAACUCGCUGAAUCUCGCAAGAAACAGGAUGAAGAAGACCAAAAGCUGCUGGAGGAGAAUCCUCCGCCUACAGUUGAUGAACGCAUCGAAUGUGCCAUGGAGCAGAAGGAGAAAGGCAACGCUCUGAUUGCUGAUCACGAUUACAGCCAGGCGCAAAAGUGCUACGACUCGGGCUUCGUGCACAUCUUUUUUGCAAAGGAGGAAUGGGAGAACUUGGUUUCCCAAGAAGACAAAGACAAGGUGAACAAAGUCAAGCUGGUGCUUUACCUCAAUCGAGCGCUGUGUAAGAUCAAGCUUGGGAAGAUCGAAGAUGCGCUGUGGGAUUGUGAUCAGGCGAUUCUACUUGAUUCGAGCAACAGCAAGGGCCAUUUCCGUCGGGGUCUAGUGUUUACCGAAAAACUGAUAGGCGAGCUGGAAAAGGAGAGCAAAGGCGAGUUCUGGAUUGUCGACAAGGGCUUCGAGUAUGCUUCAGAGGCAGAAAAAAGUUUUGACAAGGCGAAGCAGCUUAUUGGUGACACCAACGAUCGCAAAUUCGUGCAUGCGUUGGCCAACCUCAAGCGAAAUCACGCGCUGUUGAACAAGUACGCUGCCAAGUACAGAGAGGACGAGAAGAAGCUGUACAAGGAGAAGAUCUUUGACCGUUUGGAAGCUAAGAAUAAGGAGCUGGAGAAACUGGAGAAGCAGAAAGCAGCAGCCGAAGAGUUUGAUGAUAUGCCUGCACUCGAAUGA